AUGUCGGAUCGCGCUGAGAAGCUGGUGGAGGUGUUGACGGCUCUGUCAAUGGCUGAGGCCUUGCCGCGCGGCACGGUGAAGGAAGAUGUGAUAAAUACCCGAGCACAUGUCGAACUGUCUCGCGAGACUCUUGGCAGACUGCUCAAGGACAUGCGGUCGGAGCUGUUCGACGUACAGAGCCUGCCGAACGAGCCGUUUACCGACUUUCUCAAGGAGUUCACCUUGGAUCAGCUUAAGAGCAAAGACUUUUGGGAGACUGUCCGGAGCCAACGGUUCCCCAAAGUUUUGCAUCAGCUUCAGCAACGGCAUUACAACUUGAGCAAGAGGUUGGACGAACAGACGCCCUUGGUUGAUCUCGUGGACAAGGCCUUACAGGAAGCUAGCGAGUGCAACGACAAGACGCCUCCGGAGGUCACGCUGAAGGCCCUGAAUACUCUCGACGAGAUGAAUAACAUUUGCACCCACCAGAUCCGGAACGAUAAGAAUACUGACAGCAACGCCCGCGAUGCUUUGCUGCUGAAGCAGGGGGAGAUCGCCAAGACGCGUCCAGUGCUGCAUGCUUUGCUCCAGGUAGCUGCAGGAUCUGAGUCCGCAGCGACCGCAGUGGAUCAGAACGCUUUUCUGGACGAGAUCGAAGCUGGUUUGAAAAAGAGCAGAUUCGAUCGAAAGCCCCUUUGCAGAGAGGAUUGCGAGCGCUUCCACAUCUACCUUAGCAAGGUGCUCUCCGAUCCUGAGUAUGACUCCAAGGACCGAGCUCGUCCGCUCUUGAAGUCCAUCAAUGCGCGGCUGAAGCGGAUCGAGAACAAGAGUGCCGCCGUCGUUGAGGUGAAGCAUGAUGCGGGAUCGCCCAAGCUCCCUGAGCAAGCGAAGAAGUCUUCUUCGAAGAAGCGAGCUGCUGCAGAGAUGACCACGGAGGAGAAGAAGGACGUGCGGCGAAAGCUGCAGAGGCGGUGGCGCAACGCCAAAAGUCUGGAGAAGAAGACUGAGCUGGACACAGAGAUUCGUGCUUUGGACGUUGAGAUCGCAGGCUUGAAGAUCAGCGAGGCUUUGCCAGGUAUGAGGCUAGCUCACGCCAAGACCGAACAGGCCUUGUCAUCAGCCAGCAAGGCUCUCGCUGCGGUGCAGGACAUUGUGACAGAUCUUGAGAACUCUCGCAUUUUGCAGAGUCACAGCAUGAACACGCUGGAGAAUUAG